AUGCCAACUUUACAUCUCUGUUAUAAUUUUUGUGAGUUAGUUCAAGAAAAAGAUGAAAGUAGGGAGGAAAAUAGAUUAUAUGAUAAGAAAGUAACAAGAAUACAACUAAUCGAGAAGACUACUAAAAGACAAGAAAUAGAAAUUAAUAGUGAUUCUGUUAAUAAAAAUACUGGCACAGCAAGUAAACCUAAGAGGAAACUCAAAUCCUCUAUAGUUGACACUCUUAAACUAUAUAACAUUGCAGAUGAUAUUUUAUCUCUACCAACUAGUGCUACGACCAACUUUAAUAAUUUUGAAAAAAAUCACCGAAUAACUGCAGCAAGAUGUUAUGUAAGAAUCCAUAACAAUUUAUUAACAGCAGUCCUCAAUUCGGGAGCAGCUAAAAGUAUUGUCUCGAAAAGACUACUUGAUAAAAUUGGCCUAGAAAUUGAUAAAAAAUUCACAACGGUCACAGUAAUAGUGAUGAGAGCUAAGGCUAAAAUAUUAGAAAAAGUAAAAAACACAAAAAUAGUUAUUCAAGGUAUUACAAUACCUACUACCUUACAAAAACUAUAUCUAAAAUACCUAGAUAAGUCAGCAGAAGUUCCAAUAUCAAAUACUGGAACAAAAAUAUUAAUACCUAACAAUGAAGAUGAAUUCGACAGCAAAAGUAGAGAUACUUUCGAUGAGUUUGACUACGAGGAGGAAGAGGAACCUAGUGAACUUGAAGGUCUCUUUAUUAAAACCUGGCUAAUAACGUACGAAGAAAAUUCUGCCUUAUACUUAACUAAUAUCGAGGAGGUACCAAGUAAAGACAAAGAAGAUGACAAAAAAUCUUUUAAAGAGAAACUUAGAGAACUCCUUAAUAAUAAAGUAUUAAGCAUGAUACAAAAAGAAAAGGUUAAAGACCUUUUUAAUCGAGAGAAAGAUUUGGCUACUGUAGUCGAGAGGGUUGAACAAGCACAAAGAAUAGUCAAAAAAAGAUAUGAUCAACAAUUACGAGUUAUAGAAAACUUGAAAAAAGGAGAUCCUGUUCUGGUCUAUAAGGCCUCGCAAGCUACCUCAAAGAGCAAUAAACUCAACUCUAAGUGGAAAAGACCUUUUGUUAUUCUUAAAGUCCUCUCAAGAGGAGUCUAUAAACUUAGUACUGUCGAUGGAAAGAUCAUCAAAUUGCUGAUUAACCAAAA